UUUCCUGUUGUUGCAGAUACAAGAGAGACUGGUUUCGUGAAUGCGAUUAUAGCUGCCGGGAUAACCUUCCAGGUUACAAGGGCGUGCACGAAAGGAGAGCAGAUUGGUUGUUCCUGUGAUAAAAGAAAAAAGAGAAAGCAGAAGAAAAAAGGCCCACCACUACCAGAAGGCGAAUGGGAAUGGGAUGGUUGCGGCGAAAAUAUAGAAUUCGGUAUCAAGAAAUCGAAGGACUUCUUAGAUACGAGAUAUAAGAAGAGAAGUGAUAUGAAAACCUUAGUGAAAUUACAUAAUUAUGUUGCCGGAAGGCUGGCAAUUAAAAACCACAUGCGCACAGAAUGUAAAUGUCAUGGUCUAUCGGGUUCAUGCACCCUGAAGACCUGCACGCGGAAAAUGCCACCAUUUAGAGAAGUGGGCAAUCGUUUGAAAGAGCGCUUCGACGGGGCGGCCAAGGUAAUAGCUGGCAACGACGGUCAAAGCUUCAUGCCAGAAGGAGAGACCAUCAAGCCUCCUGGGAAGGUGGAUCUGGUGUACUCCGAGGAAUCUCCUUCGUUCUGCUUGCCAAACAGCACUCUGGGAUCGUUUGGGACCCAGGGAAGGAUAUGUAACGACACAUCUCAAGGAGAAGAAGGCUGUGGAAUUCUCUGCUGCGGGAGGGGGUUCGAUACGCAAUACAAAGAAGUGCAGACUAGUUGUAAUUGUACUUUUAUAUACUGCUGUGAAGUUAAGUGUAAAACUUGUAACAUAAAUACGCGGAUUAGUACUUGUUUGUGAUUUUACAGUUUAGACUAUCGAUUUAGUGGACAAUAUAGUGAUAAACUAGUAGUAUUUCUAACCAACUGUAACUUUUUUAAACAGAUUUUUUAUUUUCAUAUUCAGCUACUUCUAUUUACUGCUUUUAAUCUUAAUUGCGGAGGAUGUCUAAGGAGUUAAUUUUUACGGUGUAUACGUUUAUUUUCUUAUAUCUUAUACUAAUUAACUGGAAAAUGUAUACGCUUUAUUUGAACAAAAAAAAAAUAAUACGAAUAAUUUAUAUUUCAAUUUACUAUAUCCAAAUGUAAAUAUAUGUUCAACCAGAAACUUAGAAAAAUAACAAAGUAAAAAAUCUCUUAGCAGCUACACAUGUAAAUAGUCACGAUUUAUCUGUGCGAAUUCAUCUGACAUGUGGAUGAAAAAUCAUUUGACUGCACAGAUAUUUGUAUACUGCCAGCCAUGUACGUAACAAUAAAUCGUAAAGGCCAAACUGUGCUGAUUUAUCUGGCGAGUAACUGGGAAAUUGUUUGAUUUACAUAAACAUUUGUGUCGCGUAAAUGGAAUAGAUUGUAGCGAUUUUUAACUCCACAGUUAAGUUGUUACGAUUCUUGGUUACAUGUAUAGCUAGCAUAAUACCGUUUUAUCUGCCCAGAUCCAACUGUGCAGAUUUAAAUGAGAAUUCAUUUGGUUUGCACAGACAUAUAUAUCGUGUAAAUGAAACAAAUCGUACUGAUUUUUAACUCCACAGUUAAAUCGUCACGAUUUAUCGUUCCGUGUGAUUUAUAAAUCUUUGCAAUUUAUCUGCGUAAUCCGAACUGUGCAGAUUUAUUAUACAUGUAAAUGGAAAACCAUGUGGCACGUAUAUCUGUGUCAUGUGAAUGGAACAGAUUAUAGCGACUGCACAGUUAAAUCAUUACGAUUUUUCGUUACAUGUAGAGCUAUCACAAUAAUGAUUUAUCUAUGCAGAUCAAAUAAGCAAAUUUAUCUGACAUACCUAUAGAUGAGAAUUCAUUUGAUUUACACAAUCAUUUAUACCGUGUGAAUGAAACAAAUCGUACUGAUUUUUAACUGCACAGUUAAAUCAUCACGAUUUAUAGUUUUGUAUGAGUUACGAUUUAUCUGCUUAAUUUGAACUGUGCAUAUUUAUUUGACGUGUGGAUGGGAAACCAUCACACGUCAAAUAUGUUCGUCACACGUUUACUGAGAUAUUUUGUGCCGUGGCUAACUCAGCUACAUUUGAAGCGAUAAAUCGCAACGAUUUAUCUGCACGAACUAAACUGUGUGUUUUUAUUUAAUUGGAAAACGUUUGGUUUUGACUGUAAUUUUUGGCGUGUAGAAAAUUAUAGUACUGAUUUGUCGUUACGUGUGCGUAGCCGACAUACACGAUAAACUGUGGCGAGUUUUAAAUUCACAGUUAAAUCGAUACGAUUUAUCACAACGUGUGUAGCUAGCAAUAUUUUAUAAAAAUUGGUUACUUGAUAACAUUUUUUUGUUCUAUUGUCUCAAAGAAAUACACUUUUAUUUACAUAAUAAAUAGAAAUGAUGAACAAAAUGUUAUUAUCUUCUUCAAACAUUAAUUCUCUUUAAAAAAGUCUUAGCUUUAAAAUGACUUAAGUUGUUACAUACCACACCAAACAGAUCACCCUGAAACUAUCCUUAGAUUGUAAAAUAGGUAACAGAAAAGUUUAUAUUAAUUCUAUUUAUAAAUUUCUAAAAAUUCAAGAAAAUGUUUAAAAUUUUCAUCUUUAGAAGCCUCAUAAAAAGUAAAGGUAACGCGAAUUUCUGGCAGAACAUCUGAUUUUAAAACUCCAUAUUUAACGUAGAUUUAUAUUUCUUUCAUAUCUUAUAUAUUCAAAAUGUAAACCUAAUGUAGAGAUAUUUGGAUAAGAAUUGGUUGGAUAGAUUUACAUAUUUUAAGAAAAUGAGCUAUUGCGUUUGUUAAUAUAAACUUUUGUGUACUAGUGCUGUAUUUUAUAUGGAAUUGUAUUGUAACUACGUUUGUUAAAAUUUGAAAGGUAAAUGAAAUAUACCUGCAUUGCAGCAAAAAACAUUAUUGUUAACGUGAAUCCGCGGUUAGGAAUCUUACUAGCGUCUUGCAGAGAUAAACAUUUUUCGCUUAUCGGUAUUUAAAACUUUUGUAUAUAAUUGUUGAUUAAUAUAAAUAUAUAUAUUUUUGCAGAAUUUAUUAUGCAACACCUAGUUAUUUAUAUAAAGUUGUCAACGAUUAUUUGUUUACUAAUAAA